AUGGGCGGGUGCCCGGGCAAUUCGCUGAACAUUGCCACCCACUUCGGCAUCGUGGCCCUCACGGCCCUUGAGCGCCUCGCGCAGGACUGCGCGCGCAUCGACCUCACCGCAUACCUCGAGCUCCUGUGGAUGGUUGUGCUAGGCGCGUGCCCGGCUGACCUCGUCCAGGAGCUGCUCCUCAUCCUGCGCGAGCGGCUCGCAGGCGAGGGAGGCAAGGACGCUGCCCGGCGCGACAUGUACAAGGCCGCGCUUAGGACCGCGUUCGACUGUGCGAUGGAGGCCGCGGACGCGUGUUCCUGCAGAGGCGGAAAGCCUGGGAGGAUCGCACAGAGCGUGGUAGAAGAUGCUGAAUUCCGCGCAAAGAGCGAGUGCGACGAGGGAAUGUGUCAGAGUGCCCGGGCGCUUGCUGUGUAG